AUGCAAUCCAAUCCGGUCAUUGAGGAUGAAAUGGCGCUCGAUGGCGCUAUUUCUGCACACAAAACGCCACAGAUUGGCUUCACAAUGGAAGCCGCCCCACAAAAAGAGGACCUGCCCCAAAUUGACGUUAAUCAGCACUCUGCAUUUUCGAUGGAUACCGAUCGGCAAUCCACAGAUGGAGGCUUUGAUACUUGCAGGGAAGAAACCGAUUUAUUUGAGCGUCUGUUCACAGUUUUUGAACGGUUUUGCCGUUUCGGAGUACCAUCUGGCCAAUUGUCUGCUGCAGGUGUGCCUUUGAUGGAUGGGUCACGAUACGUAAAAAUUUUCCGUGAUGCGGGCAUCCUCGGGGGUAAUCAUGGGCUUUCCGGACGACGGGCAACGUCUACAGAUUGUGACAUUGUUUUCAACUCGAUCAGGCGCAUCAAUGAGCGCAAAAUCAACUUUGACCAGUUCGUGGCAAGCAUUGAUGCUUUGGCAGCGCGUAUCGGCACUGAAGUCGCACCGUUGCUACAACUGGUGGCAGCCUCCACAGGCCCAACUCUGAUGGGUACAACGACACCCCAUGCACCAGCAUUAGCUACUGGACAGAGACUUUCCCUUGCAGAACGAUCGCAACUAGCGACCGAAAGGUCCAUGCUGGCCAUUGAAAGAUCGACGAUUCCCACGGCUCGACACUCGAUUGGGUCCCCAUAUAAACAUCAAAGGGCUGAGGUGAACCGUUCGCCGAGAUACUCCUUACGCUCGCAGCCUAACACCGAAAAAAUGCAUAGUGGAGAGGCAGCUAGUUCAAGUGGAAAGGCAGCUAGUUCAAGUGGAGAGGCAGCUAGUUCAAGUGGAGAGGCAGCUAGUUCAAGUGGAGAGGCAGCUAGUUCAAAUGGAAAGGCAGCUAGUUCAAGUGGGGUAGGUGUCCUCGGGAGAAGGGUUGAUAUCAAUACCUUGAGUUUCAGUGAUGUCCUUUCUUGUGGGAGAGAAAAUAGAUCCAUAAACCACUAG